AUGGGCCCCAAAGAAAAGACCACCAUGACGGAAAAUUCCGCAGCUGUGUUCAUCCAAGCCUGGUGGCGAGGCACGCUGGUGCGCCGGACGCUGCUGCACGCUGCCCUCAGGGCCUGGAUCAUUCAGACCUGGUGGAGGCAGACGAUGGCCAGGCUGCUGGUCCAGAGGCAGCGGACGCAGCUGGAGCGCUACUCACGGAUAGAAUGGGCGGCAGUGAAGCUGCAGUCCUGGGUGCGAAUGUGGCGCAUUCGCCAGUGGUACUUCCGUUUGCUCAACGCCGUCCGCAUCAUCCAGGUCUACUGGCGCUGGCACAGCUGCCAUAGUCGUGGUUUUAUUCAGGGCAACUAUGAAAUCAAAGAAAACCAACUGAAUAUUCAACUCGAAAUCUCCCUGGGCUCUCAGGCUUGUAAGGUGCAGCAACGCAUACCCCUUCCUAUAAAAGAAUGA